AAGAGACGGCAGUCGUUCGCGGGACGUCAUACUUGUAAGUGGCGUAGCGUUUCUUAUAUAUCGCUCUGAUUCGGAAAAUUCUAAAGUUAGUAUUACGUGUGAAGUGAGUUUUUUUUAGUUAUUGUUUUCUUCAGUUUGACGAAAACGUACUCCAGCAGUGUGCCAUGACUACAUCGAAUCCCAUUUUUUGAUAGAACAUUAGUAAUCAUUCCUAAAUCACGACAAAAAACACCAAGAUGUGCCCGGAAAAGAAGAGAUAAAAAGUAUAGAAAGGACAGGAGUCCCGUCAUGUUCUCUUUAACGAAGGGCUGUGGUUGCGUCAACUUUGGAGGACGUCGAACACGGUCUAUGGGCGACGACUCUUCAUCCUGUAGAAGUUCAGAAAUCGAACAGGAAUCGCCCAAGAAACUCACGAGGAGAGUCCUAAACGGUGACUGCACCAUGAAAGCGCUCGCCCCCUUUUUGAGGUUCUGGAAGAGAGAUGAGGUCAGCAUGACGAAGGCGGAAAGAACCAUGAAAGCAGCGAUACUAAUACAGCAAUGGUACCGAAGAUAUUUGGCUCGUAUGGAAGUGAGAAGACGAUAUACGUGGACGAUAUUCCAGAGUAUCGAAUAUGCGGGUGAACAGGACCAAGUGAAGUUGUACAACUUUUUCAACGCGCUACUGAGUCAUAUGCGCGACACGACUGGACGGCCGUCAUCUGAGAGGACAUCGCGUACUGCAUCUGUUUUGGAGCAAGUAUUCUCUGAAGAGUCUGACGAGGGAGGCGGCGUUGAUGAGACAGCGCCCCCGAAAUCGGCUCGCGGACCAGAUAUCGAAUUCCCAUUGAAGAGAAAAGAUAUUGACUUGCUGAUUGAAGCGUUCCGAAAGAAAAAGCAUCGUUUGCACCCGAAGCACGUCGCUCAAAUAUUGAAAGAGGCCUCGCAGACUUUGAAAAGGUUGCCCAAUAUCAAUGUUGCUACCACCUCGAUAUCCAGUCAGAUCACAAUCUGUGGCGAUUUGCAUGGAAAACUGGAUGACUUGCUGGUUAUAUUCCAUAAGAAUGGUCUACCAUCUCCUGAAAAUCCAUAUAUUUUCAACGGUGACUUCGUGGAUAGGGGAAAGAAGAGUUUGGAAGUACUGCUCCUGCUUUUGUCAUGUAUGUUGGCAUUUCCUGGAGGAGUUUACCUCAAUCGGGGUAAUCAUGAAGAUCUCAUUAUGAAUGCCAGAUACGGCUUCAUAAGAGAAGUUCAUCAGAAAUAUAAGCACAACGCCGAGCGACUCCUCAAACUAAUUGAGAACGUGUACCGCUGGCUGCCGCUGGGAACCAUUAUCAACAAUCGUGUGUUUGUAGUCCACGGAGGAAUCUCUGAUACCACAGAUCUGGAUAUGGUGAAGAGCCUUGAACGUGAUAAGUACGCGUCAUUGCUGCGACCACCAGUGGCUGAGGGCGCGGCUCCAGGUGCCGAAACCAUUGACAAGGUGGAGUGGAAGCAGGUGUUCGACAUUUUGUGGUCGGAUCCGCAAACAACGGGCGGGUGUGUUGCCAACGCUCUCCGCGGUGCUGGGACAUACUUCGGUCCAGAUGUGACGGUCAGUUUUCUGCAGAAGAAUAAAUUGAGCUUCAUCGUCCGGAGCCAUGAAUGCAAGCCAGGAGGAUACGAGUUGCUGCACGAUGGAAACGUAAUAACAAUAUUCUCAGCAUCGAACUAUUACGAGAUAGGUUCAAACAAGGGCGCAUAUUUGAAGCUAUGCGGCAAUUCUUUGGAGCGACAAUUCGUGCAAUACACCGCGGCUGUAUCGCGCACACGGCGGUUGACAUUCAGGCAGAGGGUUGGACUUGUGGAAUCCUCUGCUAUGCGUGAGCUUCAUAGUCAUAUUGUGAUGGCGCGACGGCAGUUGGAGGGCACCUUCCGAAGUAUGGAUCCGGAGAAUUGUGGUUUCAUAACCAUAAGCGACUGGUGCACCGCAAUGGAGGAGACAACGCAUUUAGGACUUCCGUGGCGGAUGUUGAAAGAUAAACUUGUGCGGACCGAUCCAGAGACAAGACGAGUGAGAUACAUGGACACAUUUGAUUUGUCUGCUAAUAAAUUCGGUCGCAAAUCUGAUACGCAAACAGUCGCCGAAACUCUUUAUAAGAACAAGCAAAGUCUGGAAACAAUAUUCAAGAUUUUGGACAAAGAUAACUCAGGCUACAUAACGCUGGAAGAAUUUUCCGAGGCGUGCCAACUGAUCGGAAAAUACAUGCCAAAUCCAUUAACCCAAGAGCAGCUGGUCGACAUCUGCCGCUUAAUGGACAUCAAUAAGGACGGUUUGGUUGAUCUCAACGAGUUUUUGGAGAGCUUCAGACUUGCGGAUAAGAAUCUGCACGAGGAGGACCUGGUGCUGGCUGAAAUGCAGGCCACCUGACAAGAGCUAGACCGCUAUCCCAGCAGGACAGCGGUCGAUAAAGACGAAAUUGGUGUUGAAAUCGAAUUACUGAGAAUGAACGACGACUACAACGCUGGAAAUGGACACGGUUCGAGGGAGCCGGAGGAAAUUGCGCUUAUUGAACGACGACCCGGACUGUUAGAAAGUGAUAUGUGAGCUAAGAUGGUAAAUGAAGCAACUAAUAGGUACACUAUCCCCUGUAAUGAUAAAAACAGAAAGUAAUUACGCUCCCCAGUACCAGCUCCUUCGACUUGACCUUAUUCAAGUAAGAGUGGUUCGAAUCGUUGACGACGAAUCUCUUUCCGAGCGGCUAGAUCCCUUGGCGUUGCGUAGAGAUGUGUGGUCACUCUGCAUCUUCUACCGCAUUUACCAUGAAAAGUUUUCUGAGAGAAGAGAAGGGCGAACCAAUUCUUAAAAGGCCGGCAACGCAAGCCCUCUGGCAUUGCAUUGAGUGUCCAUGGGUCGAGUAUCAUUUUACAUCAGGUGAGCCUUCUGCCGGUUUGCCCCCGUUUUAUAAAAAAACGCUGUGAAAACGGAAUUAUAUUGCUUUAAUGAUUAGAUAACCUAUAUUAGUCCCAUAUAAAAAGAUUGAAGCUAUACAAGUAGCAGAUUACACUGUUCACCAAUCGACUUUCAUUCUAUGUGCGCAUUUAACAUUCACUCGACGUUGAAUAAAAACAUUGUGAGGAGACCGGCUUGCCUUAGACUCAAAACUCGGCGUGUAUCAAGCACAGGUGGUUGAUCACCUACUUGCCUAUUAGAUUGACAGUGAUCAUGAAACAGAUACAGGAGUCUGAGGCCCAGACCUAAAACGAUUUAAAAUCAUCAAAACCAUCGCCGCUAUAUUAGUGCCAGAAACAUUAAAUAACAAUGGGGUAGCGUUAUCUUAGGUUGCUUCAUUUCAAAAUGGAUAAACUACUUAAAAUCUUAAUUAUUGUAAUAAUUUAGUUCAAUUCUAGAUUCGAUAAUGAUAGCUAGAUUACGCUGCAGUUCCUUGGCAGAUGCGAGUAGAUUGUAGGCAGAAGUUUGUCAUCUGACGUUAACAUUGCUCUGUAUCCUCUAAGUAGUUCUUGCAAAUCCGUAGCGCUGACGGUCUAAACUUGGGAUCAGUUAAAGUAUCUUCUUUAUCGUAUUCUUCCGUAGUGCCUGUCUUGAAUUCUAACCGAUACGCCAACUUACUGCCUUCACACCACUCUUUCCUCAGCUUCUCUCAGUGCAUUAAUGAUGUUGAGAGCCAAGG